GCAUGAAAGCCCCCCUGGCUAGGUUGAUUUCGGAACAGGUUACCAAUUUUGAUUCAUAAGAAAAUCUACGAACUCCGAGUCUGAAAUACAAGGUUUACGCCUGAAUGGAAAAGGAAAAGAAUAUACAUUGUCUCCUGGUGUUUCAGGAACAGCUUGACAGUUGAUCUGCGGAUUUCGGUCCGAUGUUUCGGUCCGAGCCGGAAAGAAUAAGGUUCAUCAAGCAAGUCUGAACUGUGUGUAUGUUGGAAGUCCUUUCCCAUCUCACCUUUUCGACUGCUCAUUGUUGUCUCGAACUUCCUCCUAGAUACUCAGCUGGUAGAUGGGAAGAUCUAUCUUAAAACGAAAAUCUUAAGCUUACAGGUUAUCGCCACCUACGUAUCAAUUCUCUUGAGACCCAACUGCUUUGUGAGUAGCGCUCGAUGGUUUACUGCUUCUGUCCUUCAUUGACUUGUGCGUUAGUAAUAAUCUCGAUGGCUGAUAUGCGGGGUGAGUUGGAGAGCGUGGCUAUGUACAAAUUAUUGUCCACCGAGCUUGAAGACGAGUCAUCAACACAGAGUCACCAAACAAAUUAUCGGCGCCGAAUUCAAACGUUUUGGAUCUUCUCAAAGUCAAUCGUCUUCUAUCUAUUUGUCUUGGUGGGGAUGUUCUGCUUGGUGCAUGGCCUCCCAGCAAUAUUUCACCCUGGGCAUGAUUCAGGAAUCAUGAGAAAUCCUUGCGGACAAACGUCUGUUGAAGCCCAAGCUCGUGGGUGUGAUGGGACGUCUUGUCAUUUGCUUGGUUGCCACAAGAAUGCAUCGACGAGGAUCUGACAGAUCAAUUCAGGGCGGCGGGUCCUUGGAAAUACUACCGGGACGCGAACAGGACUGCCGAAAUUAGCGAAGAGGAGUUUGGACAAGAUGUGGUACCAGUCUGGCUGACAAAUCGGCUUCAUGUGGCGCACUGUGCAUUCAGUUGGCUAAAGUUACACAGAGCUCUUGUUGGAAACAAGCGAGUCCAUUCACAAAUGCCAUUGCCACACACUGAGCAUUGCUCGCACGUGCUAAGGAUGGGAGGGGACCCGGAACAACUUCGAACCACUGCCGUAAUCCAAUACCCCGAUUGUGGUUUCUUUACUGCCACCUUUCCUGGC